AUGAGCAACAGGUUUCAGGCGAACGACCACCCCUCGGACUCCAUAUCGGAGAAGGAGCCGACCCGCCACGACUUGAAGAAUGCUAUGGAUGACCAGAGCGACGCGCCUCCGUUUCUGUCGGCGAGCAACGCCAAAGUUAUCCUUGUGCAGGCCAUCGGUGCCAGCCUGAACGGCUACUCGAUCGGCUUUGUUGGCGUGUACGCAACGCUGUUUGGCUACAGCACGAACUGCGCGAGCUUCAGCAGCGAGAAGGGCUGCUCGACGGUGCCCAACGCCGACUGCAAGUGGUUUACGGACGCGAGCAGCACUGGAUACUGUGGCUGGACCGAUAUCACGUGCCGCAGAGCGUACACCUACACGGGUCCUGCGGACAUGCCAGCUGCGAUUGCCCAAUGCGAGGCGGACUCGCGGUGCAGGUGGUCAUAUGGUGCCCAGGAGUGCCAGAACCCGGCGGGCUACUUGUCGUCGGAAAGCGGUAUCUUUGCCGGCUCGAUGAUUGCCGGCUGCCUGAUCGGCUCCAUGUUUGCUGGUCCGCUUGCGUCGACGAUCGGUGCGAGGCUCUCGUUCCUGCUCGUUGGUCUCGUGGGUGUUGUGUCUUCCGUGUUGUACCACGUGUCGUGCGCGGAGAACGAGUUUUGGGUGCUGAUUGUCGGCCGCUUUGUGAUUGGUCUGUUCCUGGGCGUGAUCGGUGUUGCGUGCCCUGUGUACACUGAUCAGAACGCGCACCCGAAGUGGAAGCGCACGAUUGGCGUGAUGUUUCAGGUGUUCACGACGCUGGGCAUCUUCGUUGCUGCCGCGAUGGGUCUUGCGCUUGGCCAGAGCAUCUCGUUUGACCAGAACAAGGACCAGAUGGUGAUGGCGCGCAUGCAGGGCCUGUGCGCGUUCUCGACCCUGUUCAGCCUACUGACGAUCCUGCUUGGCAUUGUGAUGAGCGAAUCGCGCGCGCAGUUCGGCGGCGGGGAGGAGGGCGCCAUUGAGCUGGACCCGAACGAGUACGGCUACUUGGAAAUGAUCCCGCGCCUGCUGAUGGGCUGCGUGAUGGCUGGGACGCUGCAGCUGACUGGUAUCAACGCUGUGAUGAACUACGCGCCGACGAUCAUGGGCAGCCUUGGCCUGGCGCCGCUGGUGGGGAAUUUCGUUGUGAUGCUGUGGAACUUCGUGACGACGCUUGCGUCGAUCCCGCUCUCGUACGUGUUCACGAUGCGCCAGCUGUUCCUGUUCGGCUCGAUCUUCACGUCGUGCAUGUGCCUGUUCAUGUGCGGUAUUCCCGUGUACCCUGGCGUCAGCAAGAAGUUGGAGGUCAAGAACGGCGUGGCGAUCACUGGCAUUCUGCUGUUCAUCCUCGGCUUCGAGGUGUGCGUGGGCCCGUGCUACUACGUGCUGACGCAGGACAUGUUCCCGGCAUCGUUCCGUCCGCGCGGUGCGUCGGUAAUACAGGUGGCCCAGUUCAUCUUCAACCUGAUUAUUAACGUGUGCUACCCGAUCGCGACGGAGGGCAUCUCCGGCGGUCCGUCUGGCAACCAGGACAAGGGCCAGGCCGUUGCCUUCAUCUUCUUUGGUUGCCUGGGCAUCAUCUGCUUCGUCAUCCAGGUAUUCUUCCUGCACCCGUGGGACGAGGAGCGUGAUGGCAAGAAGAAGGCGGCGGCUCCGGCUUACGGGAAGAGGGAGGUGAGUGAGUUGUCCGGGGGCAUCACG